UUUGUACUGUCGGUGAUACCUCGAUACCUUGAUACCUUGACUUGAUACCUGGAGCGGUGAAGGUGUUGGUGUUGUCCUGCCUUCCGUCAUAAGCCAUGGACCAUCAUCCAUCAUCCAUCUAUCCAUCCGCCCAUCCUGUAUCUGAGCUGAGUGUUGCUUAUUUCCAUACCUCCGGAGUGUAUAACUACCGCUGCCUCCCUUGCAUGUUGGUGCUGCCAUUGCGGUUCCAUUGCUGUUGCCUCUGUAGUCUUCAGCUGCUCUUCCUCUUGCUGUCCUCUUGCUCACCCUCUGACCAUAUAUUCAAAGCGACCUCUGUCAUCUUUACCUCAGACACCAUCCAACAAAGAGUCACACUCAUAUCCACACCCACACCCACACCCACACCCACACCCACACCCACACUCACACUCACACUCACACUCACACGCACUCACAUAUUAUACAGAACCCAUAUAUCUGGCCAUAGGCAGAGGUGGUGACGGUGCCAAGUUGCUCUUACCUCAUUGUUCAGCACUGAGACAACGUUUUUCGCCAAUCUUCCCGACAGCGUGGCAUUUGGCCCGUUCCAGGCGUUGGGAGUGGAUGCAGCCGCUGGAGGUGGACCACCGCAGCCUAAGCAGGAAGUUUGCUAGAAGACGCUAAGAGUGCCAGAGUGCCGAGGUGGCCCCCAUUUGCCCCUAGCUUGGCGCUAGUAUUGCGCUAGUCUGAUCUUAGUCUGGCGCUCGUCCCUAGCCUCAGCCUAGCCUCAGCCUAGCUCGUCGGAGCUUCAAGCAUCUGGACCCUAAAGGAAGCUAAGGCGCUGACCCAGACCCAGCACCAGCUUUCACAAGUACCCGUACCUACCACUGACCAGCACCACUGACCAGCACCACCGACCACCAUACAAACCCGCCUGCACUGUACUGUACCAUAUAUUUCUUGCGAUCAAUUCACUCUUCUCUUCUCUUCACUCCCCUUUUAAUUUAAUUCUCAGAUCGGCGACACAACUCCAGAACCCGAUUGACGCGCAUUCACUACUCUCUGAGAGAGUGGUCCCGCGACACCCCCACCGACCACCCCCACCCCAAGUAAACUGUACUUUGGUGGUUACUCGUACAUUCACACAUCACCACUUCUCCCCUCAGAGUUGCCAUACUCCCCCACCAUCCCCAUCUGCAUUGUGCAGACACCUCACCCUCUCACCACUGCCACCGAACCACCAAAUUGGGUCCGAUCUACAGGUCUGGAGACGAAUUGUUGGCGAAUCCAUCAUGUCUUCCAUUGUAAGUGUUCCAUCUAUACUUUUGCUUAAGCUUUAGAGGUCUUUUAGUUACUCGCACCCUAAAAAAUCCCCUCCUUUUUUUAUCUAUUGCCCCGCAAUCCACUGCACUGGUGUUUGCCUCAUUGCACCACCAGCACAAACACAAGCUCCCAUCUGAACCUGCCAAUGCUUUGCAACUCGGAAUACAAUUGACUGAUUUGCCUCUAGUUGUGCCUUGCGCAUUAUUGCGAUACCCAUGGUCCCACGGCUAUUCUUGUCACUGAGGCCUUCCCGGUUGGCUGCACUUCCUGCUAUCAAGAGAACGAAUCCUAUGGCGGCUCUCGCAGACCAAGUACCAGUGCGCGCUCUCUCAACCCCGCCGAUGGCCUUUCGGGAGCAGUGAGUGCCGGUGGGACAGAGUCGAUGCCUUCAAAGAAACCAAGUGGAUUGGAGGCUGGUGGUAUUCCAAGUGCCAAUUCACAAACCUCGAUUCCCGCACCUGCAAUGGAAACACCCCCAGAAAGCCCGCGAGUGCUCGCAUUACAAGGCGGACACGGCGGAGGCUUGCAUAGACCCGACUCGAGCUUCCGUAAGACCUACGAUGAGAACGACAAGAAGCGCGCUAUCCCAUGUGAUAAUUGUGCCCUGACUCUACCCAAGAAGACGAAGGACGAUCCCAUCCCCUACAGCAAAGUUGAGUCCAAUGGUCCCAUUCUACGAACUCGGAAGCCCUACGAGAGAGUCAUUGCACCAAUGGAAGAACCAUCGCCACCCAAGUCCGCUUCCUCUGCGUCCUCUGGUUCCGAGAGUGCCAUCACAUCCAAGCCUGCUAAGCGAACCUACUCCUUACAUCGCGUCACUACCUCGUCAAGCGAUUCCUCUUUUAGCUCCGCCUCGACAACACAUGACCAUCACGUUGAUUAUACCUCUUCCCACGAACCUCUUUCUUCCACCUCGUUUUCAAUCAUCCGUCAAUCAUGCCUUCGAACUCUCUCUUGUGAGACUCUACCACCAUCCAGCCAAUUCCCAAGUGCAUCUCCCACCUCACCACUUCUGAAUUCCCCCUUGUCUGCCAUCUCAUCUUCAGGCAGCAGCACUUCUUCCGGUGGUCCCAUCUUCUUUGGUGACCCACUUGCUGGUUACACGACAGCCUUUCUCUUUCGUAUUCCUGACCCCAACGCUCGUGGCCGCCGACGCAUUUACGCGCUUAUGGCCCUGUCUACCCAUCGUCAGCAGCGUGCGAUGCAGACAUUCCCGUUACUCACCGUUGCGUUUCGCGAGCUUGCUUCCUGGAUUCAGGGUCUCGCCGAAGCUGAACUUGAGCGAUCGGAGAUGACCUCCCCUCGUCUAGGACCCAACCCAUCGAGCAAUACUACAUCAACGAGUUCCUUCUUGCAAGGUCGCAACCGAGGCGGAGAUGGCCGCUUUUCGGGUAUGAGCCUCCGAUCUCGUGGACUAGCGGAAAUCGUUGGACUCCCAGAUUUUUUCAUCGAGCUGCAUGCUCGUUUUGUUCGACUAUUGGCAGAGAUGUCUGUCCUUCUGGGUGUUUAAAAUACACUUGCUUAUCUUCGGAGCUGGAUUUAACGAAGUCCGGAUCUGAUAUUUCAAUAUCGGCUUGAUGUGAGGGGCUCUGGAUCUAAUUCACAACAUCGAUCUGGAUCUUGUUUCACAAAUUGAGCUUCAAGGGGUUUCUUCUUCUCUGUCAGAGUCUAGUUUCCGAUCGGAUGGGUGGGCAGCAGGAGUUUUUAGUUUUUCGUUUUUCUCUUUUCUUGUACGACAUACAGUUUUCACAUGAGUGGUGGUGUGAAAUUGUACACUACGAUCAUAGCAACCGGCGUUAUUCAGGUCCUCUUUGAUCCCUCCUCGCACGGGUUCUCAGUACUUCAAUGGUUUCACGGUACCACGAAGUUGCGGGAUGGAAGGAAUGUAGGAACUCUUUUGCGAAAACGGAUGGGAAAAGUCCUUUUUGUCUCCUUGAUAUUUGGGCGACCUGGAGGUUUGAUGAUAGCGUUUUAGCGGUUCCUUGCUUCUUCUUUGAUGAGGCCUUUUUCUCACGUGUCAUCUGGACUCGAGACGGUGACAGAACCUGCUUGUUUCUUUUUCUUUGGAGUUUCUCGUUGGCAUUGCAGGCAGGGUUGGGUGGCGUUUUUGUUUUUUUCUUUUUCUUUCUUGUUUACCCCCCUUUUUCUCCCUUGUCUGUUUACACAUCAGGAGCCUUCCAAAAGGCAACCACGUGGAUAGCAUAUCACUUGGGCAUACGUUUGCAACCUUUGCAAUAGGAGGAUACAAAGCCUUUUAGGGUUUCACUACGUUUUUUCUUUUCGGUUUUCUCUGCAGAGUACCUUGGGAGAAAAAGACAAUUCUUUGUAUGUAUGGUCGUUAGAUUGAUAUGGGUUCCUGAUAUCAGUCCGGGACUAGCAUUGCGCUUUGUGUAUUCUUGUUUUUAUCACUUUUCUUUAUGACUUGGUUUGGGGGCUCGAGGCUUUUAGGCUUUCAGGUGGGGAGCUUUGGGGCUUUGAGGCUUUUGAGUCGAUUGUUUAGGUGGGGAUUUGGGGAUAGCUUGGGUUAGGAGGGGAGGGGAUGAGGAUGGAUAGGUUUGUGGUUGAGUUUGGUUUGUCAUUCGUGACUUUGGUCCUUGAGGGAUGAGUUGAUGAUAAGGAGUGGCUUUUGUUUUUGCUUGCUUGUUUGUGUAUACCCCGAUCGGCAGGAGAUGAACAGGAUGGAACGGGAUGAGAGAUGGAGAUGGAAUGACGAAGCUGGGAGCUGAUGCGAUACCAUAAGAAAGAAAGGA